AUGCGGGUUUCGGGGUUGAGAUCCGGAGUUGUUCCAUUGGAAUCUUGGCUUUGGGGUCGGACUUUGGCAUUUGGGGUGUUGGAUUUCGGGGGCCAGACGGAUUCGAGCUGGCGCCGUGAGCGCAUCCUAAACGUCCCUCUGUGCCGCGAGGACUGCGAGCAGUGGUGGGAGGACUGCCAGGAUUCCGCCACCUGCAAGGUCAACUGGCACAAGGGCUGGAAUUGGACCACAGGCACCAACCAAUGCCCUCACGGUGCCAUGUGCCAGAAGUUCAAGUACGUCUUCCCGACUCCCGCCGACCUCUGCGAGAAGGUUUGGUCCCAUUCCUACAAAUACAGCACGGAGCGCCGGGGCAGCGGGAGAUGCAUCCAGAUGUGGUUCGACCCCAUAGAGGGCAACCCCAAUGUGGCCGUGGCACAGUACUACGCCCUCGGCCCCGCUGCCGACCCCCAUCCUACGCCUCUCGUCCUGCUGGCUCCGUUGGCCCUUGUCCUGCUGGGGGUCACGCCGUGGGGAUGAGGUUGGGGGGGUCCCGGCGCUGCUGUAUGGGGAAUAAAAGUUGGGGCCGUA